AUGUCUCAGACUGUUGUCUUGAAAGUCGGCAUGUCAUGCCAAGGCUGCGUUGGAGCUGUGAAAAGGGUUCUAGGCAAAAUGGAAGGUGUUGAAUCUUUUGACAUUGAUAUUGAGCAGCAAAAAGUUACCGUGAAGGGCAAUGUCCAGCCAGAAGCUGUUCUGCAGACUGUUUCAAAAACUGGGAAGGCAACUUCUUACUGGGAAGCAGCAGAAGAACCAGCUGCACCAGAAUCAAAGACGGAUGAAACACCAGCUGCAGCGGAAGUGAAGCCUGCUGAAGCACCAGUUGCACCAGAAUCAAAGUCUGCAGAAGCACCCGUUGAGCCAGAAUCGAAGCCUACAGAAGCUGUUGCUGUUGCUUAA